AAACCAAAGCUCGUCGGAACCCGGAGUCGUCACUCACCGAUUUCCCUCCCUCUCUAUCAGUCUACCCUCUCUCUCUCUCAACACGCAGAGCAGAGAGAGGUUGAACUGAGGAUUGCGGCGGCUUCUAGCUGUGUGGAAGCUAUCUUCUUCUGACAGAGUUUCUGUAAAGGUCUGAUUUUGAUGGAAAGUAAAGGCCGACUUCCGCCUCCUCAUACGAGGCGGCCCAUGCCAGGCCCUGGAUUAGUUCGGCCAGAACCAUUUGGUCCAGGAAUGCGCCGACCACCCAUUCCCUUUUUACCAGUUGAUAUGUUGCCUCCCCCAGAAAUCAUGGAGCAGAAGAUCGCUGCUCAGCAUGUAGAGAUGCAGAGGCUUGCCACAGAGAACCAAAGGCUUGCUGCCACUCACGGGACCUUGCGGCAAGAGCUUGCUGCAGCGCAGCACGAGUUGCAGAUGUUGCAUGCUCAAAUUGGAGCUGUGAAAUCUGAGAGAGAGCAGCAAAUGAGGAACCUUAGGGAAAAAAUUGCCAAAAUGGAAGCUGAGCUUCAGUCUGCUGAGCAUGUGAAAUUGGAAUUGAAGAGGGCUCGAGAAGAGGCUCAGAAUCUAGCUGCAGCGAGGCAAGAACUCAUCUCUAAAGUUCAACAGUUGAAUCAGGACCUCCAGAGGGCCCACACAGAUGUGCAGCAGAUUCCUGCUCUCAUGUCGGAAUUCGAGAAUCUGAGGCAGGAGUAUCAUCAGUGCAGGAUAACAUAUGACUAUGAAAAGAAAUUGUAUGAUGAUCACCUACAGCAGCUUCAGGUGAUGGAGAAGAACUAUGUAACAAUGACCAAGGAAGUUGAGAAGCUUCGAGCUGAACUUAGCAAUUCAACUAACGUGGAUGAGAGAGCCGUGCAAUUGGGUCCACAUGGCGUGGCAAGUGGAAACAGUGGUGGUGAGGCUUUUGUUCAUGCUGCUCGACGGAAUGCCCAUGAAGAUAACUAUGGUGUUCCUCAGGGACGUGGUCAUCUUCCUUCUUCCGCUGCUGCCACUGCCUCUGCUGCUGGUGCUGCUAAUGCUUCUACUGGGGCUCCCACAUAUGCUGGACCGGGAGCUCAGAUGGGACCCACUCCUACAAGGCCGGGGUAUGAUACAGAUAGAGUACCAGGCUACGAUCCGUAUAGAACAGGCCAAGGGUACCCACAAACUGGGUACAACAUUCAAAGAGUGGCUGGGCAUGAUAUGCAAAGAGGAAACUACGACACAUACAGGGGACCCACUUUUGCCACCCAAGGCACGCUGGCAUAUGACCCUGCUAGGGGUCAAAUGUACGAUUCCCAAUCCCGGGUCGCUCCUGGGCAGCUGACACAAAUCCCUCUGGCAAACAGCAUGGCUUAUACUACUGCUACUCCACCACCUCAGGUGGCACGUGGUGGUGGAAACCCAGGAAGGAAAUAGGUCCAAGGUUGCAGGUGAAAGAACAUCUUUUGAAGAUCUUCUUGGGGGCACAUAUUGCUGAUUCGAGGUGCCCUCGGUGCUUCGAACCAGUAAAACGCAUGGGCGGGGGAAUUGGGUGAAACUCGGCUGCAGCAUAGGGUGGUUAACUGAAUAUUGUUUCGGAAGAUGGUGGGCCUUUGGCGGAAGUGGAAAUAUCGAUUUCCUAGGGGCUGCUGCUCCAAUGAAUUUACAGCUCUUAUUUCUUAUUCCUUGAGGGAAAAGAGGCUUUUACUUGCUUUAUUACUUGAUCUGGCUCUUAGCAAUUAUAGUUAUUAUAUAUACUUUCCAUUGUACUUCUUGUUGAGAAAUAAGAAUACUGAUCCUGAAUGCGUAUUUUGACACUUCUGAGUUAUGGAGGGUUCCAUAUA